AUGGAAGGUCCUCUGUCGUUUCUCAAAGUGGAUCCUGCUUGCCUCAUUCUCAUUGUUUUAGGUAUUUCGCUGGUGGAUUUCGUGGUCAACAAUUGGUCCAGUCCAAAGGAAGAUAAAUCCUGCCGCCCGUCAAGCACUGCGCUUUCUGCCAAGAAGAACAAAAAGUGCGAGAAUGAGACUCCUUUGGUCAGAAAUCUGGGAUUGCGGCAUCGUGCUAAACUUCUGGCUAGCGUUAAACGGCGCCUCGAUCAUCAGUUUUAA